AUGGAACCGAGAACUCGCCAGCCGUCGUCCCCCUUCCGCAGUACAAUGGCCCGAGCUCCCGAAAGAGAUAGUCUGCCUGCUUUUCUUCUUUCUGGACAGGCUGGCACGCUGGGAGGACCAAGACUGAGGUCUGCAAGUCCGGGGAGGCGAGCUCUGGCGAUCGACAUGCGCCGCAUCGCCAGCUUGCUGCGUGAGCCUACUCAAGCUUUGCAAGGGACUGGGGAGAGCAUGAACAACUCUCUCUGCUCCAGCCCGAACAGUGCCUGGGAGCCGGGAGACCGGGGUGCCGCCCCCACGCAAGCGCGAGCUGCGAGCUUGUCACGCAUGGUGAUGCAGAACCAGUUCACCGCGCUGGCGGAGAGGAUCAAUUCAGGGGUCACGGCGCUGCAGCGGCAGUGCGAGGCAGACAGGCGGCGGCUGACCAGCCUAGAGAAGAAGCUCGAGGCCAAAGCGGACACCGAGAAGCCGGACGGCCGAGAGCGCUGGGCGGAGGUGCAGGGCAGCGUCAAUGGACUCAUUGAGGAGACUCAAGCCCUGGCCCGCCGCGUCGACGGGCUCGACGAGCGGCUCUGGGCACGCACCAGCGGGUCGGAAGCCUCGAAGCAGAGGAACAGGGAACUGGAGCAGCAGGUCCAGGCCCUCGAGCAGCAGAACCGCUUGGCCGCGGCCUCUGUGGAGGAGAUGCAGAAGCGACAGGCUACAAAGAUUCGCCGCGCGGAGCACUCGCUCGAGGAGAUCCUGCGGCGUCUGGCCUCAGUGGAGGAUGAGGCUCGCCAGAGGGGCGCCUCGCGAGACGGCUUUCUGGAGGCUCGGAUCAUUAGCUCGGAGCAGAACCAGGAAGCGUUGGACGCCGAAAUCCGGGCGCUGCAGGCCAACUUGGAGGACGGCCUGCAGCAGCUGCGGGAGGAGCUGCUGGGCGGCGGCCAAGAGGACGGAGCUGACUUCCAUGGGUCCGACGUCUACGAGGCUGUUCGAAAGGGCGAGAUGGGGCUUUCCAGCUUGGACAGGAAGGUCACCGGCCAGGUUGAGGACCUGUCUGCAUCGUUGGCCAGCCUGCGCGUGAAGGUGGACGGAGUUCUGAGCCGGGUUGGGGGGCUCGCCGAGCGCAUCGAGACGGCUCACGAGCCCUCUGUGGACGCGCUGCGACUGGAGCUGUCGCAGGUGCGCAGCCAGGAGCGCCGGGAGCUGGACGCGGAGGUGAGCGCCCUGAAGGGCCGCGUGCAGCAGGUGCAAGACUCCAAUGAGGAGGCCUGCGCAGAGGUCCGCGAGGCGCUGCGCCAGGCGCGGGCGGAGAUCGCGGCUCUCAGCUACCGGCCCGAGGUGAAAGAGGCAAGUGAGAACUCGUGGCUGCGAAAUGCAGAGGAGAGGCUCGCCAGCCAGGAGCAGGAGCUUUUUGACCUGCGCGAGCGAGUGGAGGAAGUGGUGCAGGCGGGUGGCGAGAAGGCCGGCGAGUUCAAGCCCAGCGAGGACUUGGAAGACUUGCGGCGGCGCCUGGAUUGGUUGGAGGAGCAGGGCGGGGACAAGCCCGAGUCCAACCGCUUAGCCCAGGUUCAGAAUACUAUCUGCGAGCUGGUGGAGCAGGUGUCAAAGCUAAAGCAGCAGGCAUCGAGCUCUGAGUCCAAUACCUCCUCCUGGCAGCAGCAGGUGAAGCAGAUCCAUAGCCUCAUCGAAAGGCGGCAGAACGAGGAUGCCGCGGCCAUGCGCGUCACCACGGAGGUGGAAGCGAAGGUGGGGGCGCUGUCCUCGCAAGUGGCGGACCUUGCAGCGCGUCUCCUGGAGGCGGAGGGCAACUUGGACUUCGCGCGGGAGAAUGAGGCCUCAACUUUGACCGAGGCACGAGAGGAGCCGGUGGCUCGGCCCACGGCGCUGCAGGAGAAGCUGGAAGCUGUUGCUGAGCACCUGGAGGUGGUAGACGACCUCUCGGAGCGCCUCUGUGACCUGGAGAGACGCUUCGCCACAGGCCACGAGAGCCACGCGCUUGGCAACCAGUCUCCUGGGCCUUUCUCCGAGGUGAGCUUUGGUGGCGAGGCGCCCAUGAAGGCGUCGGCUGCGCACGAUAUGUCGCGCGAGCUGGCAGAGCUGCAGACGCGGAUGGACGGCGAGGGCCGUUGGAAGGAGCGGCACGCGGAGCUGCAGAAGGCGCAGGCAGAGGAGGUCCAAACCCUGAGCGGCAAGCUUACGGACCUCACCUCGCGGCUCGGGAAGUCGGAGCGGCUGCUGAGCAGCUUGCAGGAGGCGCCUGCCGCGGAAGUGGACGCUUUGCGGCUGGAGCUUCUUGAGAAGCUCGAACGUCUGGAGUCGCCAGGCCUCACCCAGGUCGACGACGCAACGACGGCCGCGACUGUCAAGUUGGCUGCCGACAUGCAGGAGGUGAAGCAGGAGGUGGAAGGCCUGGGAGACAAGGUGGACAUGACCUUGGACGACCUCAAAGAGGGCCUGGUGGCUGCGAAGAAUGCUGUCGAGGCCGCCAUGGCACCCAUCAAGCAGGAGCUCAAGGACCUGCGCGGGCGGCUGCCGGACGCGGAGGCGGAGGCGAGCGCGGAGCAGGCGCUGCUGGAGAAGCUGGAAGAGGUCGAAAGAAAGAUCCGAGACGUGCAAAAGGAGAAAGAGGCGCAGACUGGCACUGUUUCGUCCGGCGAGGACCUCGCAGCGCUGCAGAAGAGUAUCCAAAGGCUCCAAGAGGCCGGGGCGAAGGCCGACUCGGACAAGGUGGAGCUUGAGGAGGCGGUGCAGCAGCUGAAAGACUUGCCCUUGAAGGUCCAGGACGUGUCGUUGGUGCAGGAGACGCUCAGGAAAGAGGUUGAAUCGCUGAGUACCAGCCUGGAGGAGCAGGCGAAGAAGGCGACCCUGGUGCUGGCCAAAUCAGAGCCUGAUGAGGAUCUCCGCCAGAUGGUGGAGCAGCUUCGUCAGAAGGUGCAGGAGUCGCCUUCGAUGCAGCCUUCGACGCAGCCUUCUUUGGAUCUCACAGAGCUGCGGGAGCAGAUGAAGCAGCUGGAGCAAAAAGUUGAAGGCUCCGGGCAUGAGGAGGAUGCAAAGCUGCGGUCACAGGUGCAGCAGCAGGUGCAAGACCUCGGCGUGCAGCUCUCUAAGGAGGUGGCCAACCUGGCAGAGCAUCAGAAGGACAUAUGCGAAGCCAAGACGACCGUGGAGGAGCUUGCCAAGCAGCUGAAGGCCCCUUCGCGGUCUCCUGAGCUGGAGAAGGAGAUUCAAAACCUCCGGAACGAGCUGAGCAAUGUUGUCGGCCGCUUGACCUCCACAGAAUCGACGUCCUCCAUGGUCAAGAAGGAGGUCCAAGAUGUCAAGAAGGAAGUCGCGGAUCUUGUGGAUCGACUCAGCACAGCAGAGUCAGCAUCCUCUGCCACGGCAAAGGACCUGGAAGCGCUUCUGGGUCCCAAGAACAAGAUCGGCAUCAGCCUUGGUGGCACAGAAUCGCCUUUAGCGGAGGUAUGCGGGCGCUUGGACCUGUUGAGCGAGCAGGUUGCGGAGUUGCAGAACAAGUCGGACACGCCGGGCAUCGUCAUCCACAAGGCCCGGUGCGAUUCGGCAGCCAGCGCCGAUGGGAGCCUGAACUUCUCCCUCACCGAGCAGACCGAGCGACCAGGCGCACAGGGCGGCGACAGCCUGAACUUCUCUCUCACGGAGACGGCAAAGGACCUCUUGGUCUCGGAGCCACCAAAGCGACCAGGCCUCGUCAUCAGCACCGAGGAAGACUCGGACGGGGCCGAGAUCCUGUCGGCAAGUGAUUCUCCAUCUGCGGCCCUGCCGGGCAAGUUAGCCAAAGGCGCGGGGCAGACCUUGAUCCGAAACACCUUCCUCGACUUUUUGGAGACGAAGGAAGUCGACCUUGCGGAUGAGGAUCCAUGGAUUAUCGACUCCAAUCCUCGCCGACUAUACACGGACAGUGUAGUUACUCAAAGGUCUAUUCGCAAGCAGCUCGAAGAGCCUGAUACGGCCUGGGGUGCUGAUGACGCUGACGCCACAGGUACAGGCGAAGGUACUACAUCUAGCAGUUCCAUUGACGCGGACAAUGAGGCCGAGCAUUCCCAAUUCUGGCCAUCAAAUUGCGAGACGACUGCCUCAACCUGUGAGGAUGAUGAGUGGCAGCAAGAGAGCAAGAACUCCCGGCAGGUCGAUCAACAGGUACUCGCCGCUCGGGAGGCCGCGGCGGCUGGCAAGGGCUUGAGCGGGCUGACGACAGUCAUGAUACGUAACGUUCCCAGCAGAUACACCCAGCAGAAGUUGAUGCGAGAGAUCAACAGCUUGGGCUUUCUGGGCCAAUACGACUUCUUCUACUUGCCAGUGCAGCCGCAUGGACGAGGGAAUCGCGGAUUCGCCUUCGUAAACUUCAUUUGCCCCGAGGCUGCAGAACGGUUCUACAUGGCACUGCAUGGUCGCAUGUUCCGCCACUGUGCUGAAGCGCCGGCAGCUGUGAUGCCUGCGGAUUUACAAGGCUUCGAAGUCAAUGCAGAGCAUUACGCAAACAUGCGCCACAGCCGCAGUGCUAGGCGGCCACUGCAAGCAGGCCGCGCUUUGUUCUUCCGACCCCUGCCCCAGCACCUGCUUGAUAUCGUUGGUUCUGCUGCAAAGGUUGUGGACUGCGCCGGUCCAGAGCUCGAGUGCGUCGCCCGCCCGCUCGCGCAUCCCACGUGCUCCGCCAUUCUUGCCGAGCAGAGUGCACCGGCCCCUGAUGUCAACUCCAUCCUGCCGAUUGGAUUACAGCCGCCAGUUGCACACAGGCAAAUGGUUGGCUCAGCUCAAGCGAAGGACGCCUGCCAGGUGCAGCGGUUUUGCACCUACUGCGGCUGCGCGAAGCCGCCAGCACACACUUUUUGCACCUAUUGCGGCAUGCAGGCCUCGGCUUCAGCAUCCUGA